CCAUAGCCUGUACCAGCGCCACCUGGUCCAACUCCUCCUGGCCCAAAGCCAGUACCAGCACCACCAGGUCCAACUCCUCCUGGUCCAUAGCCUGUACCAGCGCCACCUGGUCCAACUCCUCCUGGUCCAUAGCCUGUACCAGCGCCACCUGGUCCAACUCCUCCUGGCCCAUAGCCUGUGCCAGUGCCACCAGGCCCAACACCUCCACCUGGUCCAUAGCCUGUACCAGUACCGCCAGGCCUGACUCCUCCAGGACUUGUUCCUGCACCUCCAAGUGCUCCACUUAACAUGCCUGUCCUGUUCCAGCUCCUCCUAAUCCAGUUCCAGCUCCACCUGGUCCGUACCCAGUUCUACCUGGACCAAAACCUGCUCCUCCAGGGCCAGUGCCAGCACCACCAGGACCAUAACCAAGACCACCUGUACCAGUGCUGGCACCACCUGGACCAAAACCAAUGCCAGAGCCAGGUCCCCCUCCAGUGCCGAGUCCAACUCCUCCUCCCGGUCCUCCAAGGCCUCCAGCUGCACCAGUGCCUGCACCACCUGGACCAAAACCGUAGCCCCCACCUGGCCCCACUCCUGUGCCGAGACCAACUCCAGUUCCUCCACCUGGUCCUCCUCUUCCAAGGCCUCCAGCGGCUCCAUUGCCUAUACGGCCUAGCAGACCUGGAGAGGUUAAAGGUACAGCUCCAGGUCCACCUCCUGUUCCAACUCCACCUCCGAAUCCAGGUACAGCUCCAGGUCCACCUCCUGUUCCAACUCCACCUCCGAAUCCAGGCACAGCUCCAGGUCCGCCUCCUGUUCCAACUCCACCUCCGAAUCCAGGCACAGCUCCGGGACCACCUCCUGUUCCAACUCCUCCAAAUCCAGGUCCACCACCUGUUCCAACUCCACCUCCUGGGAGUCUUCCAGCCCCAACUCCUAGAGCGCCUCCUUGACCAAGUGCACCACCUCCAUUUCCAGCUCCAGCUCCACCUGGUUGACAAAACGAACAGCAGCUCCACCAGGACCGACUCCUGCUCCACCAGGUCCAACCCCUGCACCGCCAGGCCCAAAUCCUGUUCCACCAGGCCCAACCCCUGUACCACCAGGCCCAUAUCCUGUUCCACCAGGCCCAACUCCUGCACCACCAGGCCCAAAUCCUGUUCCACCAGGCCCAACUCCUGCACCACCAGGCCCAAAUCCUGUUCCACCAGGGCCAACUCCUGCACCACCAGGCCCAAAUCCUGUUCCACCAGGCCCAAAUCCUGUUCCACCUGGCCCAACCCCUGCACCACUAGGCCCAAAUCCUGUUCCACCUGGCCCAACUCCUGCACCACCAGGCCCAAAUCCUGUUCCUCCAGGCCCAAGUCCUGUUCCACCAGGCCCAACCCCUGCACCACCAGGCCCAAGUCCUGUUCCACCAGGCCCAACCCCUGCACCACCAGGCCCAAGUCCUGUUCCACCAAGCCCCACCCCUGCACCGCCAGGCCCAAGUCCUGUUCCAACAGGCCCAACCCCUGCACCACCAGGCCCAAAUCCGGCACCACCAGGUCCAAACCCUGCACCUCCAGGCCCAUAGCCUGUUCCUAAGGUUUGGGACCAGUUCCACCAGCUCCUGGGUACUGACCAGCACCUGGUCCAAAACCACCUCCGUAGCCUCCAUAGCC